AUGAAAAAGCUGUUUUUGGAGAAAUAUUCUCCUGCUUCUAAAGUUGCAGCUAUUCGUAAGAAAAUCAGUGGCAUUGUACAAAUCUCUGGAGAAUCUUUGUACGACUAUUGGGAGAGGUACAAGAGAUUUUUGGCGAGUUGUCCACACCAUCAGAUACCACCACAACUUAUUAUCACACACUUCUAUGAAGGGUUACUACCACAUGAGAGGUAUUUGAUUGAUGCGGCUAACAGUGGUGCACUGGCUAAUAAAUCCAUCGAGGAGGCUACUAGUUUGAUCGACAGCAUGGCUGAAAAUACGCAGCAAUUUUACACUAGAGAUUCAUCGGUGGUUAGAAGAGUUAGUGAGAUUGGAGAUUCAUCGUAUAUUGAGCAACGAAUAGGUAAUGUGGAAAAGAUGGUUCAACUGAUAGCUUUUGCAGUUAUUCUUACAUAUGAAGAUGAUGCUGAGGUGAAUGCUAUAUUUCCUAAUCAAAUGCAAAGGUAUGAUCGAUACUCAAAUACUUAUAAUCCUGGUUGUAAAGAUCACUCAAAUUUCAGUUAUGCGAACAAGCAAGCUGCAGCUCCUGAUCCAUAUGCGAUACAAGGUGGUUUUCAACAAUCACAACUCCAGCCUCAAACUCAGCAACAUACUCAUAGUUCCAAUUUAGAGGAGAUGAUGAAGGUUAUGAUGCAAAAACAAAAGGGAAUAUCUCAGAAACAAGACGUUAUUUUGCAACAAAACCUACAAUAUCAACAAAAGAAUGAUGCUGAUGUUAGAGACUUACAAAUGCAGAUGGGAAAAUGGCAACUGAUAUGA